AUGUUCUACGAAGGCACUUUGCAAAAUGGUGUUACCGCUCCUGAGCGAUUGCGUAAGAAUGUCGAUUUCCCUUGGCCAGUUCCGACGCUUCCCAUGUUCUUCUAUCAAAAUUUGGGACAAGAAGAAAUUUCCAGCAGUGGUACAUCUUUCUUGAAUCGAACAGAAGCAUCCAAUGUCGAGAAGAUCAUUACAGCAUUCUUCAAAGCCGGUAUUACACCUGAUCAGAUUGGUGUCGUUACGCCAUACGAAGGUCAAAGAAGCUUCAUCGUCAACUAUAUGCAGUUCCACGGCAAAUUGCGCAAAGAGUUCUACAAAGAAGUGGAAGUAGCAAGUGUGGACGCUUUCCAAGGUCGUGAAAAAGACUACAUCAUUCUCUCUUGCGUGCGAUCUAAUGAACAUCAAGGUAUUGGAUUCUUAUCGGAUCCUCGUCGAUUGAAUGUUGCUUUGACACGUGCAAAGUAUGGAUUGGUCAUCUUGGGAAAUCCAAAGGUGUUGAGCAAGCAUCCCUUGUGGCAUUACUUACUGGUUCACUACAAAGAGAAAGGAUGCUUGGUGGAAGGAGCGCUCGCCAAUUUGCAACCAUCUAUGAUUCAAUUCAGCAAACCUCGUAGACCGUUGCAACGACCGGGUGAUCUCAUGGCUCGUCAUCGUCAUGAUGCACAAGGUGUUGUGGGAGGUGCAGAUGCAUCACGCAAUCCCGCUGGACCUCUGCGUACGGGUGCAAGUGAACAUGUGAAUCCACCUUUGAAUCAUCCUGCAUUCUAUCGUUCUCACGAUCCGAUUGGCUAUAUUCCAAGUGAUGCACAAAGUGUUACCUCUCUUGGAACACAGGCUCCUUAUCCCUCCAAUCGUUUGCCUCCCUUCUCCAGUGCCGCUAGUUCAAUCAGCGCUGCUUCUUCGCGAAUGAUGCCAAAUGGUUUGGGCCAUGGGGGCUAUGGCUAUGGAGGCGGAAAUUAUGCAGGCAGCAUUGCUAGUCAAGAUUUGGAUAACGAGAGUAAUGCUGGUGGACCGACGUCCAGUAUCGCACCAAGUAUCACUUACAGCCAAAGUGACCGUUUGAAACGUGCUUGGAUACAUACAAAGGUCAUGCCAGAGGCAUGGAAGAUGACGAUAUGCAAAGCACAUAUUCGGCAGCGAUGA